AAUGGUGGCCAGCGUCAGAGUGCAGAAGCUCCUCCGACGAUACAAACUAGCGAUUGCCGCUGCGUUAACGAUUCUUCUGAUUCAAGGGCUAGUAGUAUGGAGUCUGCGAAGUCUCGAAGAGGGCGAGGCGGAGAGGAAAACGCGGCGGUCCAAGCUACCUGACCACAACAGCCAGGACCCCAAAAGGGAGGCAGUGGCCUGGGAGAGACAGAACGCCUUGUCUGGGAGGAGCGGAGCCCGAUGGAACAGCAGGCUGGAGAGGACGGGGGCCACUGCUGCCAGCGCCCUCCAGAGGGGCACCAAGCGCCGGGGGAAGCACACCAUCAGGGUGAAGAUGCCCCUGGGCCAGGGUGCAGCAGUUGAUGGCGUUCCCCCCCAUGACACCUCCAGCAGCCGUAACUUCACUGAUACCCGGGGAGGAGGGGAGGGGGCGGCCAGACUACCCCCUCCAGCCAUACCAGGGGAACCGGGCAGCGUGGAGGGGGCGCCCCAAGCCCCCAGCAGCGACUUUGUGCCCAAGUGUGACAUCAUGGGCAAGGACGCCCUGUCGGCUCUGCACCGCGCAGGCUCGCGGCAGUGCCGGCAGGAGAUCGCCAACAUUGUGUGCCAGCAUCAGGCCGAGCAGCUCAUGCCAAGGGCACUGCCUCAGUUCUGCCCACUGCACGGUUUUUCCAGCCCGGUCCAGACAGCUGAUGAGCUGGACAAUGACCUGUCCAAGGUGGAGAACCCGGUCAGGGUGGCCUUCGUCCUGGUGGUCCACGGCCGGGCCAUCAGGCAGCUCAAACGCCUCAUCAAAGCCAUAUACCACCGAGACCACUUCUACUACAUCCACGUGGACAAGCGUUCCAACUACCUGCAUCGGGAGGUGCAGCAGAUCGCCCAGCAGUACCCCAAUGUGCGUGCCACGCCCUGGCGCAUGGUGACCAUCUGGGGCGGUGCCAGCCUGCUGAAGGCCUACCUGCGCAGCAUGCAGGACCUGCUCUCCAUGCUGGACUGGAAUUGGGACUUCUUCAUCAACCUCAGUGCCACUGACUUCCCCACCAGGACCAACGAUGAACUGGUGGCUUUUCUGUCACAGCACAGAGACCAGAACUUCCUCAAGUCACAUGGGCGGGAGAACGCGAGGUUCAUAAAGAAGCAGGGUCUGGACCGGCUGUUCCAUGAGUGUGACAACCACAUGUGGCGGCUGGGUGAGCGGACCAUCCCAGAGGGCCUGGAGGUGUCUGGGGGCUCUGACUGGUUCUCCCUCACCAGGCGCUUCGUAGAGUAUGUCAUCAACUCCCAGGAUGAGCUGGUGGUGGGCCUGAAACAGUUCUACACCUACGCCCUGCUCCCCGCUGAGUCCUUCUUCCACACAGUGCUGGGGAACAGUCACAUGUGUGACUCUCUGGUGGACAACAACCUGCGUGUUACCAACUGGAACAGGAAGCUGGGCUGUAAGUGCCAGUACAAACACAUAGUGGACUGGUGCGGCUGCUCUCCCAACGACUUCAAACCACAGGACCUCGUCAGGAUACAGCAACUGACCCGGCCCACGUUCUUUGCCCGAAAGUUUGAGUCCACGGUGAACCAAGAGGCCAUAGACAUCCUGGACACCCACCUGUAUGGACACUACGCCCCAGGGACAGUGGCCAUCAAGGCCUAUUGGGAGAGCCUGUUUGAGUGGGCGGACGGGGUUGGCUCCCUCAGUGACGUGGCCCUCACGGCCUACUCUUCCUUCUUCCGCCUGGGCCUCAAGAGCCUGGAUAGCAGCCAGACCAGCCUGGAGACCUGCAGGUAUGAGCCAAUAGGCUACCCGGUGUCGGUGCACCUCUAUUUCUACGACGAGCGUUUCCAGGGCUACUUGGUCCGUCAGGAGGUGCAGAAGGUGGGGUCAAGGGUCAGGGAAACGGUGGAGGUGUGGGCCGUGCCUCAGGCCACCAUGCAGCUGGAGAACAACCUCAGGGAGUUUGAGAGGCUCAAGAACCUGGAGGUGGGCACAGAGUGGGACCCCAAGGAGAGAAUCUUCCGGAACUUCGGCGGUGUGAUCGGGCCGCUGGACGAGCCGGUGGCGGUACAGAAGUGGGUUCGGGGGCCCAACCUCACUGCCACCAUUGUGUGGAUCGACCCCGCCCAGACGGUGGCGGCGUCUUAUGACAUCAGUGUGGAUGUGGACGCAGAGUACACGCAGUACAAGCCCCCACUGCAGCGGCCGCUCCGCCCCGGGGCCUGGACAGUCAGGGUGCUGAGGCUGUGGGAGCGCGUGGCCGAGGCUCGCUUCCUCGUCAUGCCUCUGGCCUUCAAAGGACGAGAACCACUACGCCAAGAGGAGGACAGCUGGCUGCACGCGGGGCCACCAGGCAACCUGUACCUGGAACAGGGCUUCCAGCAGCUGAGAUCUGUUCUGAAGCUGCCCCCACAGGAGCCCGCCCUGCAGGAGGCCCAGCAGAGGGCCCAGCUGGUGGGCAAACCCCUGGAAGCCUGGGUGGACCGCACCGUGGGGUCCUUCUGGGUGACCGGGGACCUGUGCUCCACCCUGCCUUCCCCGGGCCCCUGCCCUUCCCUGGGCCCCUGUACCAAGUCCACCUGGAGCUCCCUCGCCCCAGACCCUAAGUCAGAACUUGGCCCUGUCAAAGGUGAUGGCCGGAUCAGGUAGCCCCCCGGAAAGGAGGCAUGCUGGACUUCAGUAGAGGGAGAGGGGAUUAUAUGUGAGCCCUGAGUAGAGAGAGAAGGAUGUGUGAGCCCUGAGAAGAGGGGAGGAUGUGUGAGCCCUGAGAAGAGGGGAGGAUGUGUGAGCCCUGAGAAGAGGGGAGGAUGUGUGAGCCCUGAGAAGAGGGGAGGAUGUGUGAGCCCUGAGAAGAGGGGAGGAUGUGUGAGCCCUGAGAAGAGGGGAGGAUGUGUGAGCCCUGAGAAGAGGGGAGGAUGUGUGAGCCCUGAAAAGAGGGGAGGAUGUGUGAGCCCUGAGGGGGGAGAGGGUUCUGGUCUCUAAGGCUAACUCAAGGCACAUAAAUAGACACGGCUUCUCUCUACAUAAGCUGAGGAGUGGCUAUGCUCCCAGUUUAGAGGCUAUAUGUCCUUUUCAGAGGAGAUGUGUGCUGGAAAUUUGCACAUGAAGACUGCAAGACAAAGUUUUUUUGUGUUUGAACGUCAUUUCUUGUUACAUGGACAAUUUCUGUUAUGUUAUCUGUCUGCAUAUGUCUUCAUUCAGGAUCUGUCUGGGUAGAACUUUGGAAAGAGGAGAACCCCACCUGCAUAUGUUUGAACUCUGUUCAAUGCACAGUUUUCUUCUGCUUUAAGGAAUUUAAAGCAGUGGCCAACAUUUUGACAGUGGCUAAAUGCUGUGUUGUAUUGUUGUCAGAGGGCAGUGGGUCCUCUGGACUAGUAUCUUCAUGCUUAUUUUCAAGCAUUAUUAUCAGAACAGCAGCAGCAGAUUGGGGAAGUGCACUUUACUGUAAGACUAAGGUUACACAGGACAGGGUCGAUCAGUAGUUGGAGAAUGACAACGAGGAGGAUUAGGAGCUUAAAAGGUCAAGGUGGAGGUCGUCACAAUGGUGACGUGGCAUCCUCUUCACUUACUUACAUGUCUUUUGUAUAAAAGUGCUGCUAGAACUUUGCGGCGUCACUAUCACAUAUCUGACCCAGCUAGCUCAUGUGGAGGAGGAAGAAUAAUAAUGUUCUGAGUUACCAGCUGGGAGACCAGUUAAAGUUGGGAGAGAGUCCUCUUCUCUCAUGAGUUCUGUUUACUGUGACAUUAUCAUGUUUUAAAUGUUUGUUUGUUUGUUUCUUGAACAUUGAGAUGUGAAAUGUCUUUGUUGUCCAUGAUCACUGCAAAGCAAAGCCAUCGAGGGUUCUGUGUGUCGGAGGAAGUGCCUAACUGAUGUGGGUAAUAUUCUAGGCUACAGUGGCCUGGCUCUCAGUGUGGCAUCCUCAUUUUCACAGUGGACUACAUCGCUUCUCAAUGGGUCUAGUCACAGUUAUGCUAUAUAGGCCUAGCUAGAGCCAUAUAUUUAGAGUUAGGCAAACUUUUAGAAUAUUGAAUAUUGUUCUAAUUCUAGACAGUCAUGCAAAUACAUUAUAACGCAGAAACCUCGUUGGCCCAACUCUAAGUACAUGGCUCUGGGUGAGCUGCCUCGUCUGUAUCAGUGAAUAUGCAGUGCAGUACUGUCCAUGCUCUGUAUGCCAACGAAGUGAAGAGUCUUCUGUCAUCUACCUACCACUUUAAUGUUACUGGUUGUCCAUAAGCAUUUCUACAACAAUGAAACUCCCGUCCAAGAGGGUUCCACAUGACUAUUUCAUGGUCUGGUUAAGAAAUCAAAGCUGCCUUUACUUUGUUAAUAUGAACUGUUUAUAAUGGGAGAAUAGCUUCAAGACGUGCACUUAUUUCCCUUUUAGACAAUUCUGAAACCCUACCCUAUACCUUUUGUUUUUAAUUGUAAUGUUUUAAAACUAAACUGGCUGAAACUCCUACUUUUAUUGGGUUUUUUUUCAGUUUCUUCUGAGUUUACAAGUGACCUUGUUUCCCUUGCACACUUGCUUCAGUGAAGCUUCCAUUUAACAGAAAGAAUAGCAGAGCACCGUUUAGUGUAAAGGGAAUAGGUUAUUCAUAUUUUAGUCUUUGAGAAAUAUAUAUUUGUCCAUCCAUUCAAUAUCAACUCCUCUGUCAAACUAUUGAGAACCACUUGUUUUAUUAUUUUUUUGGGACACAUCACACUUUGUUCAAUGUCACUUCCGUCCACGCUGUAUCACCCCACAGCCCACUCAUGACUCACUCUGAUGAUGAUGACAUAGUGGCACUGAGGCAUGACAGUGCUGGACUGGAGAGGGGAGUGCUGGCCAAUCACAGAACUCCUCUGGUAAAACAUGGCAACAGGUUGACUGGUGGCACAAUAAAAAAAUAUCUGAUCUUG